AGCAGCGCAGCCAGGCGCAGCCCGAGAGGUCAAGAUGUCGCAACAGGCCAGCCCCGCGGGCCCGCUGCUCCAGACGCUGGUGUCGCUGCUGCUUCUUACAGGCCUGCCCGGCGCGGUGUCGCUCAAGAACGUCCGCAUGCGCGUGGUGCCCGCCGCCGUGGAGGCCGGCCGGCCCGCCACCGUGCUCUGCGAGUACGACCUGGAGAACUCGGGGCUGUACUCGGUCAAGUUCUACCGCGGCACCCACGAGUUCUACCGCUACUCGGCCGCCGACGAGCCCCACACCAAGGUGUUCCCCUUCCCGCAGGGCCUGCCCUCCAGCCCAGUCAACCUGCAGCGCUCCAACCAGACGCAGGUGUACCUCGGCGAGGUGUCGCCGUCCCUGGCCGGCAACCUGAGCUGCGAGGUGACGACGGACGACAACUUCGUCACCCGGAUGGUCUACACCAACCUCAUCGUCGCGGUGAAACCGGAGGGCCCGCCGUCGCUGUCGGCCACCAAGGCCGCCUACGACCCCGGCGAGGUGCUGUACGCCACCUGCAGGGCCAAGCCCUCGCAGCCCGCCGCCGACCUCAGCUUCUACAUCAACGACAAGGAGGUGGGCCACGGCAUCCCCGAGGUGCUCAACACGUCCCAGGGACUGCUGCAGGCGCGCCUCGACCUCCACCUCCGCCUCACCGAGGAGCACUUCGCCGGGUCGCGCGACCACGACUCGCUGCCGCUGCGCUGCCACGCCGAGGUGCCGCACCUGUUCAUCCACAACCAGUACCUCAGGCUGCCCCGCCGGACCAAGCAGCCCAUCCCGGCCCGAGUGACCCAGCCCAACGGCGGCGUGCGACUGCCGGCGUCGGGCGGCGUGCUGCUGCUGGCCCUGCUCGGCGUGCUGCCCGGGCUGACGGCCACCAUGAGAUGAUGGCCCUGCCUGGCCUGGCUGUGCCUCGGCCCCUGAGCACCCCGUCGAGGCCACCGCCGCGGUCCUGCUCCCUGGAGGCUGGGCCUGCGAGGCACGCCGGCCUUGAGUCGCUGCAUUCCUCUGAGGCCCGAUACCGCAGAUCUUCAGUACUCCAGAGUGCCGGUCAAAGGAAAGGCCCCUCCAUUGUGGAGGCGAGAGAGAAGCGCUGCCCGGCCGGGACGCGGCAUGGUCUCUUUUCGUUCUUGACGUCCGUGACAGAAGACGGAAGAGUCCACAUAUGAGAGGAGGUGCGGUGUGCGUCCAUGUGUAGUUUACACCUGAGAUGGCAGUCAGAAGUCAGCCAUGCUUGGGACUUCCCGGUACCCGGAAGCCUGAGACCUCUCGGUCCACCAUUUGUUCGGCCAAGAGCAUCUAAAAAUUCACCUUUAGUUUAUUGGGCUUGUGGAAACAUUGAUAUCAAUUCAAGAUAAUCUAUGAAAUGAAAUGACAUAAUAAGACAUUGAUACACCCUUGCUGUGCAAGAAAUUGUUUUCUUUCUAUUUUCCUCACCUUCUAUGAUGAUAUAAGUCCAGCGCUUGUAUGUUUUAUUUGUGAGGAAGAAUUGCUGGGUCUCAUAACUAUCAAUUUGUUAAAAAUCUUUUAAAAAUAAUUAUGCAUGAGUUGCAUGUAUAGUUUUUGUUUUAUAUGUGUCUGUCUUGACGUGUUUAUACACUUCAUUUGCAAGUCAUGUAAAAAUAAAGUCCCUUACAGAAAAGUGGUUGACACCUCAGAUAUUAAAUGCUGGUUCACAAUUCGAAAACAAGCCCCAGAGUGAUAGAGAUCUAAAUUUUAAAUCCUGUAGAAAUUGACGUACACUACAAAGAAUUGGUUUGUAGAGCCUCUUCUACUUAACGGUAUGGUACAGAGAUCAAUCUGUCAUGCUAAACGGUUGUAACAAAGGUGUAAAACUAGAUUGGUUCCUGCAGCAUGAUUCUCUAGCAAAUGUCACCAUUAAUGGUAAUAUAGAGCCCUCCUUUGUGUUAUAUGCCUUUCCAAAUUUGAGAGUUUGUUGUAGAAUUAAUGUGGUAAUUUAUUUCUCUGAUAAUGUGAAUAAGUAAAUAAAUAUGUUUUAUGUGA